UAUUACAAUGGCCGCUUCGCGUGGUCUAUUCGCUUAGCGUUUGGUUUGGGAGGGAAACGUCUAAAACCCCAAAAAUUCAGAAUCUGAAUCUAUCACACCUCAUCCUUCAAUCCCACAUUCCCACCCACCACCAGAGAAAACAAUAUGAGCACCACAGUGCAAAGAACUCCAAGAUCUGGUAGGCAGUCAUUAUUUUUCCAGGAUAUAGCUUCACCUGUUUCUGCCCGGAGAGGAAAGUUUUCUAGUCCAGGCCAGGCAGCUGCAGUAUCUAAUCUAUGGCGCGAGAACUUCGGUGGUUCAGACCUUCCUCCACCUCCUGUUUACACCUUGGAAGACAGAUCAGACUUUUCUCCUGAAUCAGGCAUACCUGAUUACCAAAUAUCCCCUGAGACUAAGUCAGACACUAGAACUCCAAUCCAAACUUCAAAUAGGGAAUUUUCAACUCCGCUGAAAAGCAGAUCUGAUGCCAGCACAUCUUAUGCUUUAAGAGGGGUACAGCAAAACCAGCAGGGCUCACCAGGUUUGAGUUGGUGGUCACCUGCAACUGUUAAGAGUGGGGGUGAACAAGAUGAGAAGGGAAGGGGUUCGCCAGUUGAGGGUGUGGUUCAGCCUGGGGCUUUGAUGACUCUUCCUCCACCACUGGAAGUGGCAAGGCCUGAGAUUCAAAGAAAUUCCUUGCCAGCAGGGAAUCUCAAUGAGGAAGAAUGGGUAACUGUUUAUGGAUUUUCUCCAGGUGACACUAAUUUGGUUUUAAGAGAGUUUGAAAAAUGUGGUGAAAUUUUGAAGCAUGUUCCUGGUCCUAGAGAUGCUAACUGGAUGCACAUUUUGUAUCAGAAUCGAUCUGAUGCACAAAAAGCUCUUCACAAGAAUGGAAUGCAAAUUAAUGGGGUCCUAAUUGUUGGCGUGAAACCCUUGGAUCCCAUGCAACGCCAAGCUUUGGAUGAAAGGCUUAACAAUACGGGAUUCAUGCCCCUACCUCUGACCUCUGCUAGAAUCUCAGAAGCGAGCACAUCGAAAGCUCCUUCUCGACCUUAUUAUCUGCAGAAUGGCAACUCAAUUGCAAGGCAGACUGGAGGUACCAUUGCUUCCCCAACAAAAUCAUUGGUGUCCAAGAUCAUGGAUUUGAUGUUUGGAGUCUAGCUGAGCUAUUCCAGUGAAUCAAACUAUAUCUUUAUGUUUUAUUGUAAGCAACGAAUUUACUGUUUCAGCUACCCAUAUACUCUGAAGAGUUGCAGCAUGUCUUGUUCAUUUUGAGUUGGAAUGUUUACUCUUUGGAUCACAGUUGACAGAAUUAAUAGCAUCUUAACAUGUCAAUCUUAUGGAUGACUAUUGAUCAUAUGUUUUGAGAAAUGAAAGCAUAAUAUAUAAUAUUGGUUGAUAAAUUUUUAUGUAAAUUUGACUAUUGCC